CGUGACCCGUCACAGAAAUCGAAUAGUUGUUAAAGCUUGGCUUGAUAUUAAGUGGUUUGUGGUGGUCAUUUGAGCUAACCAGUUCCGAGUAAGGAAACAGACCGUAAAGAUUUAAUAUUACGUGGGAAACUGCACACACUUUAAUUAACUGAGGAACUAAGAUUCCUCUCAACCAGUUUUUUUAAAGAAAACUGGUAAGCCCUGAUACGAGCGAGCAGGAUAAAGAAAAAGAUUUGAGGCCCCCGUAAGGAUCACGUCAGACCGCUGACCUUCCAAUAUCACGGCAAGAUGCUCUAACUUCAAAACCACUCAGCAUUCCAUGAAGACAAAUGGACAGUAUCUUCUCAACUGGUUGUAAACAUGGACGUCGAUUGUGAAAGUAGGGACCCGCUUCCUGUGUCGUCGAUAGACAAAGAAGAUUCGGUGAAGAGAAAAACAAUUUUGGCCAAAGAAGCGCACAUCUAAACUAAACGGACUAACUGAUCUCGAUUACAAGAAAAACAAAGCUUUCCCCAAUUGCUAAAAAGAUUUCUUGACGAGCUAGACGAGCGUACUUCCGGUGGAAUCAAGCCAGGAUCUUUUCUGCUAUAGCGGAGUUCACGAUGACCGAGAUCAUAGACCUAGAAGACACAUCACAAGACCUGGACUACGACAGCCUAUACAGCAAAGACAGUAACAAUAAUCGAACAGAUGUGGAAUCGCCAAACGACUCUGGGUUGGAUGUCAAACAGCCACGUCUAAUUACAAUCAAGUCUUACACUGAAAUAUGUAUUGAGGCUGGAGAAACCACAGAAGAAUCCUCUCCGAGAGUCAAACCAAAGUUUAAAACAGACACAAAGUUCAAAGACUCCGAAAGAAGCAGUAGAGUCGGAGAAGUAACGCCAGACCCAAAACGAAAGUUCUCGAAACCCAAAGCGAAAUUUCCCAAAAGCACAGAUAAGGUGAACGUAUGGAGCAAACAAGAAAAAGCGAAAGCAAAGGAAAGAAAGCGAGCACCAUGUUGGUUGGUAGUUUUUGUGUUCUGUUGUGGUGUCAGCAAAGAGCACCAGUGGUACAGCCUUCUGGGCAAAGGUGCUUUCUUGACGUUCUUUAUGGCCAUCGUGUACCUAGUAGCAAGUUUAACUAUUCUUCCUUUCCUGAUCAUCGCGGCUGUAGUUGCGACAGUUUUCUUCAGUGCCGGUAUUUUGUCAUACCUCGCUCUUUCUACCAAGAAAGUUGGCGUCUCUUUUGACGAUGAUGGUGACGGGUCAUGUCUUGGCGCGGUUUGGGGGUCCUGGGUUUAGUUGUCCAUGUGUAUUGAGGAUAGUCCAGACCUCAGUUUAGCCUCAUUUUGAAAGCGAGGAUUCUCUCGAUUCCGAGGUGAUGACGCACUAUUGAAGUACCGUCAGAGAAAAGUCGGUUUACAAACAGAUUCCGCUCACAAUUUGGUUGUCGAUUACUGAACCAUUUAACUGCUCUCCAUUAUAUCAUGAGUCCGUUAUCCUUGCAAAGGCGAUUACAAAAUUCGCAUGCCGCAUGAGUACGGAGAUUUUCGGAAACUUGUUAUCAUCACGUACAAUUAAGGAAUUUGACUUACUGUCCUUCCAGGAUAAACUCGGUUGAAAACCGUGGACGCAGACAAUACGGAGGAGCAUUGAGAAUCGUCACGAAAAAUAUCAAAAAGUGAGGGGCGAUAAUAUUGCAUUCAUGAUCAGAAAGGCAGAUCUUUACGGACAAUUGUCUAGGAGUAUGGCCUGAGAUCGGUCAAAUACAUAACAAGAGAUCAGGAACGUCAAAUACAAUUUGGACAUUUAAUGAUUGGCUACGAUAAUUUGUUGAGAAGGGGUGUGGAUCGUGUAGCCCCCCGUCAUUAUCCUCUACUCCCAUCAGUUUUCUUUGUUGAGGGAUGUCUUAUAAUUGUUAGUCUACAUAAUUUUAUUAAAGUUUACAAUUGUCAUUUCUCUUAUAACGAACUGAUCAAGAGUUUGACUUUACUUGAGAUUAAACACUUCCAUUGCCAAGAGAAUGUGAUCAAGGGUUGAAACAAUCAGCCGCAGGAACUCACGUAAAUAUAAAAACUAUAUCUGGCAGUAGUCAAAGCCAGAUGGUGCAUGCCAAUUAAAAUAGCAGAAACGGAUUAGAAAUAUACAAUAUAUUGUCGAAAACGUGAACAAGCUGUACCAUGCUUCCUUUGUAUAUCACGGUUGAUUCACUUGAUUUAACGAUUCUACUUCAACGCUUCGGUUAACUCCUACUCACAACUCUCGGCUUAUUCGAAAAGAACACACACUAAAUGUCCCGUUGCAAGCACGUGGAACAGUGCCUUAUAUAGGGCGAUAAAACACGUGCCGCAUAUAUGUUCGUUUGGUUAUGUAAAGAUAAACGAAAUCAUUUAUAUAUGUCAAUCAAAUUAAGAAUAAUUAACGUAUCGUACAGUU